AUGGAGCGAUUGCACACGUCAGAGGGAGGGGCCAAGAGGCAUGGCGACCCGGCUGACUCGAGAGGUGCCGACGAUGGCGACGAUCCUCUGCCCGUCAGACAGCGACGGGCGCCUCAGCUGCGUGACGGUGGUGUGGGGGGGCGUGUGCCUCUGCACCCUACGGCUCGCCGUGACACCAACCGACCGCGGCCCCGCAGAGACGGCCGAUUUGACCGCAAUCCCACGCCGGCCCCCAGUUGGCUGCGGGAGGGCCCCCCUGGUGGGCUGCAGGAGCAUUGCACGGCCACUCGUGUGUCGCCGGUGCAGAGGGGGCAUCUGAUUCUCCACUUCUACCAGCAGCUGGAGGCACUCGGCCGAGCCCAUCCCGAUACGCCUCUGUGUCUACGGUUCAGGAGUGGGUGUGCCCUGACCCAGCUGGCCGUCGAGGUGGUCCUGCCCGGCACCCCAGUGCAGUCGGUGCCCCUCUCAGCGGCCACCAGGGAGGCCAUGGGGGCGGCCAUCGAUGCCGCUUGGGCAUGCCGCCAGCAGGAGAUGGACAUUGACGGCACUGAGGACCAGCAGCCCAUGACACACGCCCAGCGGAUUGUCCUCUGUCGCCUGUACAGUCAAGUGGGUCACAACAUUGGGGCGAUGCUGGCGGCCGUCCCUUCUCUGAGCUUUGCGUCCGUCGACUCAUUUGUGCGCCGUGAGCUGCCGGCCAUGGUUGGGCGGCGUGACGGCGAGGACAUCAAGGAGGCCGCCAGUCGAUUCAUCAGACAGCUUCAGAAGACCAAUCAGCAGAACACCAGGCUGGGCUACGAGGCUGCUAUGGCUGCCGCCACCCCUCACAAACGGGCCGUGAUGGAGCAGAAACCAUGUGAGCAUCAGAGCGGCGUGCGGGGCGUGUAUUUCGACAAGGCACACAACGCAUGGAUUGCCAACUGGUCGGAGGGCGGCACGAAGAAGACCAAGGACUUCUCCGUCAAAGAGCUCGGCUACGAGCCUGCCAAACAGGCCGCGAUCGCGCACCGCCGUGCGAUGGAGGAGAGGCACUCGACCCUCUUCGGCAGCGACAGGCAAGAGGGCGGCCAGUGUGAUAAGUCUGUCAAUCGCAGUCCGUCUCUGAAACACCGCUGCAGAGACCCAUCCGCCAGCAGCAGCGCAUCCGCCGUCGAGAGGCGACAGAGACCCAAGGGCAGCAAGACAGCCGAGGCCACCAAGGGCAAGACGGCCGCCAUCCGCAGACGUGCCGAGCAUCAGUCAAAGGUCGUGGGCGUCUCCUGGGAUGGGAAAUUCCGGGCGUGGACGGCGUCAUGGUAUCCGAAGGACGGCACCAGGCAGAAGAAAAAGCACUUCAAAGUCGGAGAGCACGGCUUCGACAAAGCAAAGGUAUGCAAGACCUACAUGGCCUGAAGCAAAGGUGCUUAUGGACCAGUCGUUUUCCUUCUCUCUCUCUCUCUCUCUCUCUCUCUUCGCCUCAGGCGUUGGCUGAGCAGCAUCGUCUCGAGAUGGAGCGCACCGGCCAGGCAGUGGACAGGGGGCGAGUCAAGCGCCAGAAGGGCCACCGGCUGGCAUCAGCCAUAUUCGAGCGGCUCAAGGCGGCAGAUGACGAGCAGCUGCCGAGUGGCAAUGAGCCGCUCGAUAUCGACGUGACGCCGCAGCGCAUGAGUCGAGACGCGGCCGAUGUGGUCCCGCAGACGCAGUCCCCCUCGCCAGCCAAUGGCCCGCACACACCUGAUGUGACGCCCGAUGCACGAGAUCCGGCCGCUGCCCGUCGCAUGGUGGAUGGGGCGACGCACGGAGGACGGGAUGCUGGGCAUGGCGACGGCAAUGGCGAGAGGGAGAGCGGGAUGAUUCCGUUCGAUGAGCUGACGAAGGUUCAGCUGGUGGAGCUGCUCAAGGCCCACCCAUCACCCGACAUGCGACAGGUUGCCGAGAACAUCAUGGUCAGCACACCACACUCAUUUGUGAAGGCAGACGUCAUAAAUGUAUGUGGCCAACUGUGUGUGUGUGCGUGUGUGUGUUUCAGUUGGUUGAGAAGUACGCGCCUCAGCAGCUGUUCACUGGUGGCGGCCACACUUUAUCUGAGCCCUCGCACGCCCCGCCGCCCCCCGCCCCCAACACCGCCAAAGACCACGACUACAGCCCCCCCAUCAACACUGACAAGCCCACCACCAAGGUCAGUGUGUGCCCAGUCACACAGGCGACAGCCAACGGUGCCCUUUGUGAUGGCAUUGAUUGCAGGUGACGCUGCGGCUGCACACGGGGGAGCAGGUGAAGCUGACCUUCAACAGCGCCAUGGCCGUCAAGGAGCUGUACGCGGCGGCCUCCAAGGCGAGCAACAUCGGUGUGGCCAGCUUCCGGCUCUUCUCGUCGGCGGCUUUCCCUCCCAAGCCGCUGGACGACCAGGCGCAGUCGCUUGAGGAGGCGGGGGUGAUGGAGUGCCUCGUCACGCAGAAGCUCACAUGAAUGAAUGACAGACAGACGGGGAGAUGAUUCAUUCGUGCAGGCGAGGGAGGUGAGGCUGCUGUUUUGUGUGUCUGAGGUUUGAGAGGGGAUGCAUGGAGUAAGGUGUGUGUGUCGGUUGACUGACGAUGGGGCCUCAUAACAUAACAUACGCACUGACUGAGGUGUGUCGAUGGAGCUGGGUGCGGUGCGGUGCGGUGCGGUGCGUUGCGUUGCGUUGCCUUUAUGUAUGUGCUUACUCGUGGUGUCGGCUGGCCUGGCCGGGAUCUUGGAUCGGUCUGUCGGUGUGGUGCCUUACCUGAAUGCCUUUUUGAAGUAAAGACCAUUGAUAGAUACCAGGUUGGUGAUGCUUUGGAUUGCAUGCAUUCGUCAGUGCCUCACAUUCGUUUUUCUGGCCAUAUGCGAGACAUACCCGCACUUUUUUCAUCUUUUUAGCUAUCGCACACGGUCGUUCGGAUGCAAGCAUCACUCGUUCCUAGAGAGGUCUUGUCUGCAUCGUCGAGUCGAUGUGUCGUGUUUUGAGUGGUGGGACGGCCAUCGCAUGCUGAUGAUGUUGAUGUGAGUCAGUAAGUCAAUGGUACAGUAGAGACUGCCCUUGGUGUGUGUGUGUCUUUUGGCGUCCUUGUGUGGCUGUUCGUUUAUCGGUGUACGUACCAUCGAGCAGCUGGCCAUGGGCGCCAACGACCUAGGUCCCUGUGUGUGAUGACUUCCCUUUGUUUUUUCUCCUCUUUUUUGGCCGUGUGGCGGUGCAUACGAUACGGCUUUACUCACGGCUGAGUUGACCGGUUCGGCACGGGGUGGGGUAUCUAUGUUUCUGUUCGUUUUGUCUUGACAGACACAUGUCGGGAUUGAAGCAGUGAGUGGCACAUGGCAUGGACAUACAAACUGAUAGACAGACAGACAGACAGGAGACAAGAAGAUGUGAUGCGGUGGAUUCGCGCACACGCUGCCGGAACGCCGUGUGAUGGAGCGAGUGAUAAUAUGGAUACUAACGGCCAUGUGGUGGGUGUGCGGCCGCGUGGCUGUGUGCAUGAGACGGUUGACUCAUGGCAUGGACGCCCAUGGCUGGUGGGG